GCAGAAGUCGGAGCGCGUGUGCGCUGUCUGCUCCUCGUGCGGCUCGUGCUGUGGUUACACGUCAUGGCGCGCGCUCUGGGUCUGGUGGCUGCGGGCGCGUGCGUCCUCGCGCUGGUGCUGGCCUGGGUCUCGUACCGGCUAAUCCGGGACUUCGUGCGGAUGUGGACCGAGCUGAAGCCCGUGCCGAGCAUCGGUGUCGCCUACCCUGUGCUCGGGCACGCGCUGCAGCUCAAGACCAGAGCCGGAGAAUUCUUUUCUCAGGUGAUCCAAUUCACAAACGACUUUCGGGACGCUCCUUUGCUCAUGGCAUGGAUCGGACCUAUACCCUUCCUCUUCCUCUACCACUCGGAGACAGUUGAGACAGUUCUGAAUAACUCGGUGCACAUGGACAAGGCUUAUUCUUAUAAGUUUUUGCACCCCUGGCUCGGAACCGGACUGCUGACAAGUACAGGGAAUAAAUGGCGGAGCAGAAGAAAGCUCCUCACGCCCACCUUCCACUUCUCCAUCCUGGCUGACUUCCUGGAGGUGAUGAACGAGCAAGCCGAGGUCCUGGUCGACAAACUGGACACGUGUGUUGGGAAAGGGCCUUUUAACUGCUUUAACCACAUCACACUCUGUGCUCUCGACAUCAUCUGUGAAACGGCGAUGGGGAAGAAGAUUUACGCACAGAGCAACUCUGACUCCGAGUAUGUGCGCGCCGUGUAUCGGAUGAGUGACCUCAUCAGCCGGCGCCAGCGGAUGCCCUGGUACUGGCCCGAAUUUGCCUUCCAGUACUUCGGCGAUGGCAAAGAGCACGACCGCUGUCUAAAAAUCCUGCACUCCUUCACUGAGAGUGUCAUUCGCGAGAGGGAGGAGUAUGGAGUUAACCACGUGGAGUCUGACAGCGAAUCAGAUCAGGCAAAGAAGAAGAGGCGGGCCUUCCUGGAUCUGCUCCUGAAGACGAUGGACGAGGACGGGAACAAGAUGACGCACCAAGACAUCCGAGAGGAAGUGGACACUUUUAUGUUCGAGGGUCAUGACACUACAGCUGCUGGUAUGAACUGGGCCAUUCACCUGCUGGGAGCUCAUCCUGACAUACAGAGGAAAGUUCAGCAGGAACUGGAUGAAGUGUUCGGUGAGUCUGACAGGCCCAUUAGCACAGAGGAUUUGAAGAAGCUGCGUUACCUGGAGUGUGUGAUUAAAGAGGCACUGCGUAUCUUUCCGUCUGUGCCGUUCUUUGCUCGGAGCAUCUGCGAGGACACAAAGAUCAACGGCUACAAUGUCCCUAAGGGUGUAAAUGUCAUCAUACUGGCAUACGCACUCCACCGUGACCCGCGGUUCUUCCCCGAGCCCGAGGAGUUUCGCCCGGAGCGCUUCCUGCCUGAGAACACGUCGGGCCGAAACCCGUACUGCUACAUCCCCUUCUCCGCAGGCCUGCGCAACUGCAUCGGUCAGCGUUUUGCUCUGAUGGAAGAGAAGGUGAUUCUGGCCUCCAUCUUGCGCUCUUUCGACGUGGUGUCGCGUCAGAAGAGAGACGAGCUGAAGCCACUGGGGGAACUGGUCCUCAGACCCGAGCAGGGCAUCUGGAUCACGCUGGAGAGGAGACGCCGCUAACACACACACACACACACACACACUCACACAGUUGAAAUAGAAAAUAACCACACUACUUGUAUUAGUGUACAGAAAAGUCACAGCUUUAGAGCACUUGAGCAUCAAACAUCAGUCCGUGUGUUUAUUGAUAUCCUGAAACAUCCCUUAAAGGUGUUUGAGUCGCAUCAUCUCUAAACAUCUCGAAACAUCCAGCGAGCCCGUGUGUGUGCUUUGUUCAGGGGCGGAGUCGUCCCAGGCGGAGACCACUCCCAACAGGACAGAUUUAAAGAACUUCAUUAUUAAUUAUAAAUCUGUACUUUUAAAACAUAAAGUAAUAAAGCAAAUUCAAA